AAUAGUGAUUUUAUUUAUUAAAGGUAUCAAAAAAAAAUAGGAACGUAUGAUAAACAGCAAUGGGAAAAAACAGUGGAGCAGAGAAUAUUUGGCGGGUUGAAUAAUGUUCCAAUGAGAACAGCCAAGUUAAAAACAGAAUUUAUUGACGUGGAUUUGGUACGAGGAUCUUCAUUCCCAAAAGCCAAGCCAAAGCAUGGACUGAUAACAGUGACUUGGUUGGCUGUCAAGAGAUUAAUUUUACUGCCUUUUUACAAGAGUUGGUGGAUCCAACAAACGAGUUCUAGAAUAUUCUUAUUAUUUAUUUUGCUUUACAGUUUACAGAUUUUUAAUAUUAUUAUUUUUAUCGCUGGUGCUAACUUCAAUGACUCUGAUAUUGUAUCGUUGACUGAAGUUCUGAUGCCGGUGGCGAUGAUGUUCCUUCUCUGUACGGUGCACUCGCAGAUAGUGUCGACGAAUUCAGGCCCUACAAUAUCUACCGGCAUAAACCGGUCACGUGCGCGAAGAUCUCGCCACGAAAGGACCCGGCCUGGUAAACUGAGACCGAGAAAUCUUCAACGUGGCCAUCGUAUAGGAAGUGAUAUUAACAAGACUUCGCAGGAGACUGUUUGCUGUGAUAAAAGCAAUGCUAAAAAUUAUUCCAGUGUCUCACCUUCAGUGAGAUUCGCUAAAAAAGUUUGUAUUGAUCCUUCAACUCCCAGACGAGAAAUUCCGAGUUCAUCAAAAGAAUUAGACAAGUCGCGUGUGAUUACGUCAACACCGGUUCAGGAGUCAGUUUUAAAUAGAUCAAGACUAGCUGUUACUGUUGCGAAUGUUAAUUUAAAUGUUGAUGGUGUGCAUCAGGAUGACGAUGGAUUUGAAAGUUUGAAUGGGAAUGUCUCCAGUGACAAUGAUCGCGCUAGUUUACGGCCUCAAGUUCCCAAAGAUGAAGAGAUUAAACCGGAAAGCAAAGAUAUUAAUUCAUCAAAACCAGUGGAGAGUGUAAAGCAAUUUGAGAGUGAAGAAGAAGGUGAGUGUGAAGAAACUGGGACAAAUCAAUUGACUGAAGUAACAACAUCUGCUACUGAAUGGAUGGGAGUUACUACUAACAGCGAUGAAUGUAGUUAUAGCUCGGAUCUUGAUGAGUCCCAGCUUCACAGCGACAGUAAUUACAGUUACGGUGAGUUUGUCGAGCAUCCUUUCUCUUGGGAAUUUGAACUACCACCUUCUAUUUUAUUGAGCUCAAGUUGUAUGACAUCUGACCGAGUGACUUGCACACUUUGGACAAGACGAGAAAUAAAAAAAGCUGAAUUAUCGGUUUUGGACAUAAGCUCAGCAAUAAUAGCACGAGCAGAGUCAAUGCCCGAGAGCUUGGAUUACUUUUACGGAGGACUAGUGCUCUCAAUGAUACUUGCUGUAAUACCAGCGCUGAGAAGACUCAGCGAUCAUUUUGGAUCCGAUACUGGCAAUUCCACUGGGAUUGUUGUCGACUUAGCUCUAAUUGAUUUCAAUAUUUAUGUCGAUUUUUUAAAAGAGAUUAUUGAUGUUUCAUUUGGCAGCACUCUCUGGGAACGAACCGUCGUCCUGAUUUUGUCAUUUGAGAGAUUAAUACUUUCCUGCUUGUUAUUUUUUCUCCUCGCCGUCGCUGAGAGAACUUUUAAGCAGAGAUUACUGUACGCUAAAUUAUUUUCACAUUUAACAUCAUCCAGACGCGCAAGGAAGUCUGAUUUACCACAUUUUAGAUUAAAUAAAGUCAGAAAUAUUAAAACUUGGCUGAGUGUUAGGUCAUAUCUGAAGAGACGAGGACCUCAGAGGUCUGUUGACGUAAUAGUCUCGGCUGUCUUUAUUGUAACACUGCUCUUACUAUCGUUUGUCAGCUUAGAAUUAAUUAAAGACUUAGAAAGCCUACACUCGAGAUACAACAUCGAAGCGCUUCUUUGGAGUUUUACCCUCGGGAUUUAUAUCCUAAGGUUCAUGACUUUGGGCACUAAGAUAAACAAAAAAUAUCGCAACCUUUCGAUUUUAAUUACUGAGCAAAUAAAUCUUUAUUUACAAAUUGAGCAAAAACCUCAUAAGAAAGACGAAUUGACCGUUGCUAAUAGUGUUCUUAAACUUGCUGCUGAUUUAAUAAAGGUAAGUUAAUAGUAAUUAUAAGUUGAACUAUUUUAUAAUAAUAAAAUAAAUGAGAUAAAAAUUAUUUUUGGAAGAAUUUUAAAAAGAUUAACAAAAAAAAACAGAAUAAAUUAUUUUUAAAAAUAAUAAUAAUAAUCUAUAUUAUUAA